GCCGCCCUUUUCCCCCGCCCCCCUUCCGUUCGGCUCUCCCACCGCGGGGCUGAAUGGCCGACCCCGACGCGGCGGGUGUGGAGGAGGUGGCUGUUCGGCUCCGCGAGCCCCAGUGACUCGCCUGAACCCCUCGGCCCGGGCUCGCGCGGGAGGAGCGGGCCUGUGAGGGGAGCGGCAACCCCGCCGGCCUAAGCUCUUUCCCUGGCAGCCGCGGCUCUUUCCCUGGGACAAUAUGUUCAAGAGAAUGGCGGAAUUUGGACCUGACUCCGGCGGGAGAGUGAAGGGGGUUACCAUCGUUAAGCCAAUCGUUUAUGGCAAUGUUGCCCGGUAUUUUGGAAAGAAAAGAGAAGAAGACGGGCACACUCACCAGUGGACAGUGUAUGUAAAGCCAUACAGAAAUGAGGAUAUGUCAGCAUAUGUGAAGAAAAUCCAGUUUAAAUUACAUGAAAGCUAUGGCAAUCCUUUAAGAGUCGUUACUAAGCCUCCAUAUGAAAUUACGGAAACAGGAUGGGGUGAAUUUGAAAUAAUAAUCAAAAUAUUUUUCAUUGACCCUAAUGAAAGACCUGUGACUCUGUAUCACUUGCUGAAGCUGUUCCAGUCUGACACCAAUGCCAUGUUGGGGAAAAAGACAGUGGUUUCAGAGUUCUACGAUGAGAUGAUAUUUCAGGAUCCGACGGCAAUGAUGCAGCAGCUGUUGACCACGUCCCGCCAGCUGACACUGGGAGCCUACAAGCACGAAACAGAGUUUGCAGAACUUGAAGUGAAAACCAGAGAAAAAUUAGAAGCUGCCAAGAAAAAAACAAGCUUUGAGAUUGCAGAGCUUAAGGAGAGAUUAAAAGCAAGUCGUGAAACUAUAAAUUGUUUAAAAAAUGAAAUCAGGAAGCUUGAAGAAGAUGAUCAGACAAAAGACAUCUGAGCAGCUGUAGUAAGUCAGCUGCAGAGCCGUGGGUGCAGCGAGGGACUUGCCACAGACGCUGCAGUGUUUCUGGGAGGAGCUAUGAGUGUAGUUGCCGGCUGUGGGUUUCUCAGAGAGGACUCCAGGUACCCACACUGUCAAGCUGUCCUCCCUGGGGUAUAUCUAUACUCAAAAGACUUGAUGUUGGCUAGCAUUCCAUGAUGUUAAGCACAACUUUUAAGGUGUUUGUUUUGUUUUUAAAAUGAACUCUAUACGUAGUUUAUUUUCCUUCAGGCAGGCUUAAAGACUCUGUUGUAAAGUCUAACUUGUGGGGAUUUUGUACUUCUCUCCUAAUUAGAACUAAUGAUCAGUGUGUGUGCUUAGUUCUUCAGGUCCACUUCUGCCCCGGUCUACCUCUUUUGUAUAUGAUGUGUCUGAGAAGUAUUUAAUAAAUGUUCUUUACUGCUCCUG